GCUACCUGCAAGAACGUGAAACUGUAGCAACGUAUACGAAGCAGACACUCGCAGUUCUACGCGCGCGAAAUUUAAUGCGCCCGUGAAAUGAAAUUAUUUGCUCGGAUUAUUUUUGUUUGCUCCGCAUUUGUUGUGAGAUAAAUAUCAUUCCAUAGAAAGUAAAGUAACUGCACAAAGACUGAAAGGAAGAUUGAGAAGUUUGAAGGAGAACGAGAGGGCAAAAGGAAACAGUGUAAAGAAGAAGUGAUGAUGAUGGAAAUAGAGAAAGACGGAAGCAGGAGAAACGUAAGGAACCAGGAGGAGAACAUGGAGGAUGAUUUGGAGUUGCCUCUACCUACUGGACAGGAAAACUUUGCAGUCUGGUGUCAAGAUGUGUACCAAUCUUAUGGCAAACUGAAGGCUCUCUGCAACAUGAGCCUUGCUGUGCCACAGGGACAGAUUUACGGCCUUUUGGGACCCAGUGGAUGUGGGAAGACCACACUUCUGAAAUGCAUUGUGGGAGCCUUGAAAAUCUCACAGGGUCACAUUACUGUUUUGGGGAAGCCGCCUAAGUUUCCGGGUCACAAAGUUCCAGGGAAGAAACUUGGAUACAUGCCACAGAAAUUGGCGCUGUACAGUGAGUUUACCAUCAGUGAAACCCUGACCUUCUAUGGCCGAAUUCAUGGCCUGACAUCUAAGAAAAUCCAGGAACGCAUGAAUCAUCUCAUUGACGUUCUGGAGCUACCUCAGAAGACCAGCCUGGUUCAAAAUCUCAGUGGGGGUCAGCAGCGAAGGGUGUCUCUUGGGGUGGCUCUGCUGCAUAAUCCAGAGCUGCUCAUCCUCGAUGAACCAACAGUGGGAGUAGACCCUGUGCUCAGAUCUAAGAUCUGGCAACACUUGGUAGAGAUUGUGAAGAUGGGAAAAGUCUCUGUUAUCAUCACCACACACUACAUAGAGGAGGCCAGGCAAGCCAAUAUGGUUGGUCUCAUGAGAAAUGGCCAGUUGGUGGCUGAAGAUCCUCCAGAUGCCAUCAUGCAGCAGCACUGUUCAACAACCCUGGAGCAUGCCUUCCUGCAACUGUGUGAAACAUCAGAUAAUGAGAACGACCCUAAACAAGAGUCAAGUCCUCCAGAUGGAACGUUAGAGAGCCAGCCAUUUCCUAGAGUUGGAUCUCCACCUGCAGAGGAAAGCCUCAAAGGUUCAGUGGACUGGAAGGUGCGAGCCAGACACAUGCUGCCAAAGUGGAGGAACAUCGCUGCCCUGAUGAUCAAAACAUUUGUGCGACUGAAGAGAUUGCCAGGCUCUCUGGUUCUCCAGUUCAUGCUGCCUGUCAUGGAGAUCACACUCAUCUGUCUGUGUGUCGGAGAACCAAAAGGAAUCCGGGUUGCUAUAGUGAACAAUGAGACUUUAUUCCCCUCUGUGAGCAAAUCACUCCUCUCCUUCCUCGACAACUCCAGCGUGCAACAGGUGAGCCUGUCCCACCAAGAAGCUUUUGAGGGGAUCUAUAAUGGAGAGUACUGGGGUGUAAUCGCCUUUGGCAAGAACUUCACCAGCUACCUAAUUAAACGGAUGGUCGAGAAACAGGUUUCUCAAGAGAUAAUUGAUGGAGGAUCAGUGCAUAUCUGGCUGGAUGAGACAGAUCAACAAAUUGCUUUCAUGCUGCAGAAGAAAUUGCAGGAGGCCUUUAAGGCCUUUGUGGAUCAUAAUUUGGGUGACAGGGCAUAUCAGGUUGCCCUGCCAGUAAAGUUUGAGAAGCCCAUCUACGGCAGCCAAAACAAAGUUUUUCCUGCAUUUGUGACACCUGGCAUUGCACUCAGUAUUAUGUUCUACCAGGCCAUUAGUCUGACAACACUCGCCAUUGUUCUGGAGAGGAAAGAGGGGCUGAUGGACAGAUGCUUUGUUUCAGGCAUGAGGUCUUUUGAGAUGAUACUGGCUCAUCUCUUCUCUCAGCUGUUCAUCAUCAGCAUUCAGAUCAUCCUGCUGCUUCUUAUGAUACUGCUCGUCUUCAAGAUACCUAAUGAAGGCUCUUUGGUGCUUAUCAUAAUUCUGAUGGUGCUGCAGGGUGUCACAGGCAUCUCAUUCGGCCUCGUCAUUUCAUCUGUCGUUGACGACGAGCAGAAUGCCUUCCAGGCCGUUGUGGGACUGUUCCAGCCCAAUCUUCUACUUGGUGGUAUCAUCUGGCCUGUGGAAUGUAUCCCGUAUCCUCUUCGUUACGUUAGCCUGGCCCUUCCUCUGACCUACACCACAGAAGCCCUUCGCUGUAUCAUGUACAGAGGCUGGAGUUUGUCUCAGAUGAUGGUAUGGCGAGGCUUUGCUGUCACCCUGGGUUGGAACACUUUCUUCGUCAUCCUGGCAACAGUCAUCCUGAAGCUGCGGAUGUGACAGCCUCACCCCACAGAGCCUCCCUCAGAACGCGGGGGUGUAUCAAGCGAAGCCCUGAAGUCAACGACUCACCUGGGCCUGUUUAAAUUCAAGUGUACAUUUAGGAUUCUUCACACAGAAAUACACAAGCUAUAGUAUAUAGAUAUGCAGUAUGUUAUCUAAGGAUCAUAUAGGGUCUUUUAGUUUGUUUCACUUCUAUCUGCACCUUCUGUAAAAGUGCAGUCAGAUAUGUUUUUAAGUGUGUAAUAGAAAAAAGAAUAUUGUACUCAUAAAUAUUAUAUAUUGUAUAAUGAAUAUACUAAUUUCUGACAAAAUGAUAUAUUGUUCUUGAUGUUUGGCCUUAGUCUUUAAUACUACAGCAUUGAUUUUUUUUUUUGAAGUAGAGCAGUCCAUGUUGGGGGUGGGGGGCUGGUGAAUGUACUGAAUGUAACAGUGUCUUACAUGUAAAUGUAAGCCACUGUGUACGCUACGUCGUAGUGUCUACAUAGAUUCACUGCAGAAGAAUAACUUAAGUGUAAACCAGUGAGCUGUCUGCCUUUACUCUGCUUGCUUUGUGUUGGCUUACAUUAUGGCUUAAUGAUGAAAAUGUGCAUACACCAUGCUGUGUACUGAGAUUUUCUUGCACUGUAAAUCUGCUCUUGUUGCUCUGCUGUACAUUCAUCAGUGUUCCUGUCGCACAUUUUAAGGGACACUGUGUUCUUGAUUGGUAGGGAGCGUUGACUUAUUCGUCUUAAUUAAACAGCUUUUUAUGAUGUUCAGAGGACUUCUCAAUUGACUUUACUGUAUUUUACCAAACUGUGAGGAUAUGCUGUAGCUCAGUUCAUAAUCUUACUUCUGUGCCUUGGUUGACUUUCAUCACACGGUAAUCUGUCUUUAUAUAAAAUCAUGUAAAAGUGGUAGUAAAAUUGGUACAAGUCAUGUAAAACUGUUGCUGAUUCUGUAAAGAUGUUUUUGUUUGUUUGGUUUGUUUUUGGAAAACUGAUAUACUGUUGCCAAAAACUCAGUUUGAUUUGUGAAAUUUCGGAUUUUUGUUCAAAAGUGCUUUGUAUCGAUUAUUAAGUGUGCAUAUUGGAAUUUUUUAUGGUUAAAUGACUGCAUUUGUUGUAUUGUUUGUCUGUGUUGCUAAAAUCGGUCAGUCGUUCAAGGUCAGAUGUAUAGAGAGCAGUCACCCAUAGAAAUACUUUCACAAUCACAAAGCACGUUUUCUAAAGCUCAAAUUAUGUAAACCCAGAGGUUAAGCAUAUUGUUUCAUGGUCGGAUGUUUGUUUGGUGCUUUUUACAAAAAAACAAACAAACAAAAAUAAAACAAUUGUUGUAUGUCUCCUGCUGGCAGUGGUCAUCACUGGAUUCUUCACCUAGAAGAGGAAACGGAAUGAUGAGGAACAAAAUAUAUGCUGAUUUACACAUGAGUAUACGUGCAAAUAAAGCUUAUACAAGAAUCCCAGAAUACUGAAAUUAGUGUUUUCUACCAUUAAGUUUAAGUUGUUAUGUUAUAUAUUAGUUAAGCUGCACUUACAAAGACUUAAUGAGCUCAAAACUCUUCCUAUUAAAAAUAUGUAACAAUGU